AUGGCCGUGUUUUGCAACGCACGCGGGAGAAGGGAAGACGGCCGGAUGGAGGGGGAGAGCAGAGGAAGGGGCAAACCAGGGUGGGAUGGGAAUAAAGCAAACUCGCAAGCAGGGAACGAGAAAAAAGGGGUGCGUGUCAUCGUUGGGAGGAGGCUCCCACCCGGUCUCCCCGCCUCCCGCCCUCGCCAACCCCCACUCCCUCCCCUCCGCAGCCCUUCCCCUUCUCUGGCGAACGCCACCGCCGCUGCCCGGGUGCGCGCGAGUCCUGUUUGUGACAGUAAGGCAGAGAGGAUUAUCCGGAUCAUGGCCUCCCCGGCCCGCAGCCCCCAUGGCUCUCCUGAGCUCCAGAGCGCCCCCAUCACCCGGACAAUCGCGGGCGACCCACGCCUGCGGUUCCCGCGACUCAAGCCAAGGGAAGACGCUAAGCAAAAGAAAACAAACCCGGGGAAUGGGAAGGGCAGGGUGACUGAGCCCGGCGGGCACCUCCGACCUCCUUUUUUGGGGUCUCCUCCCUCCCUCCUAUCAGUGCGGCCCGGGCCGGACACACCGAACUUCAACACCCGAGCCGCGCGGCCGCCAGUUUGGCAUCAAGAGAUAGAAGUCUCUUUUUCCUGUCUGGAUGGCCACAUUCACCUGUUAGAUGAGAGAUUUACAAAGUGACUGAUCCAAGAUCACAGAGGUUGGACCUGACUGCGCGGGGAUUAUUGGAAGUUGAUCUGUUCGUAUGCUCCAGACAAUGCCCUUUGGAAAGGAGAGGGGAACUACUCUGCCAUCAAAGAGACCUACUUACAUUCUACUCCUGUGGCUGACAUGGGGCCAUCUUUUUGGCUCUAUUCCAUUCUCCCAGAAUUCUUGAGGUAAAUUUGCCAGCUUCGUUCCCCUCCCCUGGUCUGUCAGGGUAUGGGACAUGUUAAAAUGGAGAUGAACACCUGCAGAUUAGAUUAGUUCUUAACUCUGCACCUGUCCAGUGUCAGAUUAUAAGGCAUGGAAAUGCCCAGUGUCCCGGUGCCAGACGUGGAGGCACAGGGCCCUCAGAGCCCAGCUGCCACUUUGGCUGGGCUGGGUCCCUGGUUGGGACUGUGGGCUUGGCCUUCUCAUUCUGAAUCCAGUGCUCUUUCUGCUACAUUAAGCAGAUUGUUGAAUAAUGAUAGCAUAAAUGCAUGAUUACAAUUUCAUUAGCAAAACACAAAAGAAGAGAUGAAAUUUUGCACUGGUCUCCAAACGUGUCUCCUGUCAAUUCCUUGGUGGGAGUGUGCUGCUUCUCACCUCCACCAGGUGGUGGAGGCUAAUUCCUUCCCCCUGAGUCUGGGUGGUCUUAGGGGCAGGUUGGAGUGGGAAGUGCCAUGCUGACACUUCUCACACGAGGUCCUAAGAGUUCUGCAGCCUCUGCCUGGGGCUCCUGGAAGGCUCUCCCUGAGACACUCCCUCUCGGAACCGAGCUGCCGUGCUGUUAGAAAUGGGAGCCACAGCGCGAGGCCAGAGGCAGGUGUUCCAAUUAGGACUCCAGCUCAUCACCCAGCCAACAGCCAGCACCCGUGCCUUGCCAUUUUGCCAUGUGAGAUCACCGUCUUGGCUGGCUAGCCCAGCGGAGCCUUCAGAGGACCACAUGAGAAAUCUGAAGCAGGAAGAACCCAGACAACCCAUACAUGUGGGAAAAUGAAUACACUGCUGUUUCAAGCUACCACAUUUUGGCAUAGUUUUAUGCAGCUAUAGAUAACCAAAUAGAAGUUUAGAAGUAUUAAGA